AGGACAAGCAUUCUAUUUACAGCGCCAUCCGGAGCUGAUGUUUUAGCAACGCGAAGCAACUUGAAAAAGCGGAAUUUCACUAUGUUUUGAAUGAUAUGAGCAACCACAACGUAGGAAUUCGGUCCGAACCCAUGCCUAUCGACGUUAAGAGUGAUAACACUGCCAAAGACCCCGCGAGCCGAAGCACGACGGUGAGUCGCGAAAGUAGCUUUAGUAGUCUCGAGCUAGGAGCUUCAAAUUCCGUAAGCAGAGAAAGCAGUUUUUCCAGCAGCGGGAGCGGUUUUUUCGAAGGCGGGUCGUCAAAUCCCGCUUCGAGAACAAGCUCGUGGAGAUCGAACGAGGACCAGUUGAUAUCCAGCGUAACAGAUCAACAAUAUCAAAGAUUGCAUAACGCGAGAGCAAGAUUUCGCAAAGCGAGGCAGCCACCUUCAAGCGAAUCGUCCUCCACCGAGUUAUUCCAAACGCCACCCGAACGUGCCCGGCCACUGGCGAACUAUAAAAGACCUGAUAUUCACGGGCGAAGUUGCUCCGAACCCGAAAUAGAAUUGUCUCCGAUUUCAAGCCGAAGACAGCAAAGACUUUCCCCAACCAGCCCCGAAGGCCUGAUUAUCUCCACGCCUCCUGCCAAAGGAUUUAUCGAAUACAGAAUGCGCUCACGGUCUUUUAAUGGAUCUGAACACAGCGAGGAGGAAAGGCCAGAUGUAAAAGCUCUCAAAGACUUUUCUCGUACUUAUUUAGAAGUCCCAGGCAAUGGCAUGAUUAAAUCUCGAGGGAGCUCUCCAGUCAGCGAUCAAAAAGCAAAGGUAAACUAAAUUAGUUCGAUUUUGUUAGUUGAUCUUUUUGUUCCAGGGUACAAGAAAUCUUUUAAAAUACUGAUUUUCUUCAGUUCCUGUUAUUUUUUAAGUUUAAUUGUGUACUAAAUGAAUGUGUAAAGUGUUAUGGCCACGCUCAAGUACUGUGUAGUACGUUAAAUUUGCAUGAAUGGUCACACUUCAGAAUUUAAUCACAGACCUUGAACGGACUUCAGUGUACUGCAUCGAAUAAAUAGCACCACAGAACAGUACUGAUCUUCUCAGUUGCUUUAGUUUGAAUGGUCACAAAAUAGGAUUUUAUCCACCCACGCAAAAGCUAGAACCACCUCGAAUGUAAUAUAAUACUGAACAGUACCACGUACGGGAAGUUACAGUUCAGUACUUUUCAUUUAAAUGGUUACACUUAAGUACUUUCCGAAAAAGUUAAAAUCAUCUUUUAUAGCCUAAUACAUAGUGCCGCUGACUUCCGAAGAUUUCCGACCAUUUUCCGAAGACUUCCGAGCGUUACCGAAAAUUUCCGAAGAUGUUCUGACGACUCUUUGAGCACCUCCGAAGCUAGUUAAAAGGCGACAAUUUUAGCGUGUUUAGAAACAGUUAGAACACAGAGUCAACAUUAAGGGCCUUUCUGGAAUAUAUUUGUGGAAGUUGAAUUGAAUUUUCGUUAUUAACCAUGUUUUAAAGAACAAUUUGUUCGGAUUUGUUAGUCAGGGGUGGGAAAUUGUCCUUGAUGUGUGAGAUAGAUGUCUUGUGCCUGCAGGCGCGAGACUCACGCAUAAUGCGUGCGUGCUGGCAGGUUUAAGUUUACCAGAAAGUUCUCUUCCGCCCUCGUAGCCGUUGACGUUAACGAAGAUAACUUGAAUAAUCAUGAACAAACUGAAAGGAAAUCUUUAAGUAAUAAAAGCGACGUGCUCUCAAGGAUUAAGUUUUACCCUGUGACCUUGCCUUUUGCGCAAGUCAACUAAUUUGUAAACUAAACAUUGUUUUGUUUCCGAAUUUGGAACAGAUCUCAGUGAAGCAAGUUUCAUAUUAUAAUUUUUUUUUUUCAUCUCAACAGAACUUGCCAACGGAUGCAGUUUCAGAAAACAAAACCGAUGAGCUAAGAAAGGUAAUAGAAAAGAAAAGUAUUGAGUUUGCGAUGACCGCUGAAUAAUAGCACUGAAGACGCAUUUUUUUAAUAUUAGUCUCCAUUUGAAGUUAAUAUAUAGAGCCUUUUCACUUACGUGGCCAGCAUCUUGUCAAUUUAUUGGAACGAACGACAUUUUUCACAUAAGAAAAAGAAAAGGUUGAACUCCCACUAGGGCUCCCAGAGUGGGAGGUGGGGGUACUCCGGAUUUCAAGUGUCGGGGAUGAUGGAAUUGGGGCAAAAAUCAAAACCCAAAAAAAUCCAUGGACCAAAAAUUAACCCCCAAAACCUUCCAUGCAGAAUUUCCGAGCCUCAACAAGUUUGGUUGUACUGUAUUCGCAGAACUAUGUGGCCGGGAUCACGUCAAACUUGUUCCCAGGGCUCUUUCCUUUCAGAUUGUUUUGAAUACCCAAAAGAAUCCCAACUUCAACCGAGCCACCCAAAAAAGUAACCGGAAUCAAAAUUUCAACCCCCCAAAAUACUCCGAUCAUCCGUGUCACUUAAUAUUCGGAGUACCCGCCCCCCCCCGCCUUGCCCACCCCUCCGGGCUGGGGUUAAGGUGAACUUAACAGUAAAGGACCUCAAAAGAAUAUGCCACAGGACAUAGGAUAUAUAGGAGAUCGAUUGUUGAAAAAUAACGCCUGUUCUGCAUUCUAAACCGAAUUACACUGACAUUCUUAAACUCUCCUAGUUUUCUUUGUCGCAGAAAAUACUAGUCCCAUACAUUCACUAAUAAAUAAAAUUCAUAAUCACUCGAUGCAAAAUUUUCUUGAUGAGAUUCUACCACGUGAUCUGCGAAUAACUGCCCACAAAUAAUGGUCUGUUCAUGCGCAAUGUCGUCCAACCGUGUUUGGCUGCAAAUAAUAUUCUGCUUAUGGGUGAAUAAAAUCAUGCUUUUCUCCUUCUUGCGAUCGCUCUUGCGUGAAAAAGGGUAGAUCGCUUUACUUCCCGAAGAUAAUCAUUACAAAACAAACUCGGUGAUCGAAUGAUAAAACAACUAUUGAACUCGGUUAUCACAAAAUAUCGUGAAUUGUCGGCUUCGGCAAAUAAUUGACCCGCUCGCCUCUAACAAAUCACGAUAUUUUGCUCAACCUCUUCCAAUAAUUGUUAAUCAUCUUUGGUUUAUUCACCAACUUAAUAAGAGCGUUCUGUCACACAUUCUCCCUAUAACAGGAAAGGAAUGAUUUGCGCGAGGAACUAGAAAACCUCAGACGUGAAAAUGAGAGGUUGCAGUGCGAGCGUGACGCCAUGAAGCUGGAGCGUGACACCUUAUUACGAGGAAAAGAACAGCUACAGGCGGAACUCAACAACAGAAAUGAUGUCAUACACCAUCUUCAAGAUCACGUGGUUAGUAUAUUGCCUCCGAUAGUAAUUUGGCCAUUAAGUUCAUAUAUAUGUUGCAGUUGAUUUUUUAACUGAGUCACUUUUUAUUUUUCUAUUGUUUUUGGAUAUGAUAAUGUAUGCUAAUGAAUUUUAAACAAAGGAAAAACAAAAAUUAACUGCAAAAUAUAUAACAUAGCAAAAAUAGGCAGAGUAUUGGUGAAACUUGAAACUUCUUUUAAGCGACAUUACCCGUUCAUUUAAUGGUACUGCUGCUUCUGCUGCCGCUACUGCUACUAUAGAACAACUACUACUGCUACUACUGCUAGACUGCCUCUACUACCACUGCUACUGUUGCUGCUACCGCUAGUGCUACUACUACUACCACGGCUACUUCUACUGCUGCUACUACUACUGCAUGCCACUGCUGCCUCCACCACCGCUUCCACUGCCAUUGCAAUUGCCACUGUUAAUGCCCUCCUACUAUUAUUCUUGCUAUACUGCUACUACCACCGUGCUGCUGAUACUACUACUGCUAUUGCUACUACUACUACUACUGCUAUUGCUACUACUGCUACUACUGCUGUUGCUGCUAUACUGCUACUGCUACUAGUCGACAAAUACGUUCUGAUAACACUACGUCUUUGCACUAAAGAGGUGCUUUUCUAAAAAGGGGAUGCAAAAUCGUUCCUUAAGAACUAAUUUACUGUUUCUUUUCUUUCAGACAAUGUCCUUAGUGGUUAACGACCCAAACCCUUUUCCAAAAAAACAGCAAAGAUCAAAGUCAGAUAUACGACGUCCUGCAUUCUACUUCCCGGAGGAAAUAACAAAAACGAACGCCUAUACUUGUCUAUAAAAAGGGUUUAUUUUACUGGCUAAAACCAAGCAUCGAAACAUCAUAGUGUAUCGAACGUCACUAUCGUACAUUUGUUUGCGACAAGCGCGCGCGAGAAGCGCGUGAGCCCGGUUUCAAACACGCUAGAGAAUAGCACAGUGGUGAUAGUCAACGCGGUCAACACGCGAUUGAUUUCCGUUUUCCUAAUCCCACAGUUGGAAUCAAUACAGU